AUGCCAAGAGACAGAAAGGUGUUUGGCGCUUUCUGCUACAACCAAAUGACCCAGCAGCGGAGGAGAGCUGCAGUGAAACAGGAUAAAGCGCUGUUGCCACGGAGCAGCAGUCCACUCACUGUCUACGUUGAGUUCCCCUGCAUCACUGAACAAGCUUUUUCAACAAUCGCAUGGGAUGAUUUAGAGGACUGCGCCUCUGUCGUGAGACGGCAGAGCGAUUCCCUCGGCUCUCAGGUGAAUGAAUCUGAUGCAGAUGACUUUGGAGAUUAUGCGCUGGAUUUUAUGGCAGAGUCUCCCACCACACUGGAGAGCAGUCUGUCUCCAGCUGAACUGGUACCAUUUCAGGGAUGUGUCAUACCUCCCCUCACCCCCCAGCAGGACUUCUCUCCAGAGGACAAUCUUAUUAACUCAUCCACAGAGACAGGCAACCCACCUGCCCAGGAUGGAGCUCUCUGGAGAGGCAUCGCCCACUGUCACGUCAGGGCACUGGAUCAUUCCAUGGAAGUCAACCAUCAGCUCCACAAGACUCUUCACAGACGACAGGAAGAGAUCGACUCCCUUCAGGAGAGAAACCUUCACCUCAGGCAGCUGGCCAGUCGAGCAAAGCACCUGGCCUCAGUGCUCGAAAAACUGAUGACAGUCAGAGACCCAAAGGCAAGAGAAGCAGUGCUUCCUUGUGGUGAUAAAACCUCACUGAGUCCCUGUAAGCGGCAGCGACUGGAUGAAGGAUAUGAAACAGAAUCCUCCGACUCAGUGGAAGAGAUGCUGAGGGACAUCAGCACACGCUGCAACGCUGUCCUGCACGGCACUGCUCCUGGAACGGGAGUCCGGCAGGAAUCAGAGACUAUACGCAUGUUUGGGACAUUCUCAGGCCUACAGACGAAUGUUUCUAAAGUCAGCAGCAUGAGGACUGACGGAACAGAGGCUGAAGAGAGCGUCUCAUCUUUCAGAACUUCCAUCAGAGAACACUGCACCAUAAGGACUCGGGUGUUUCCACAUGGACGCGCCUUCACCUCGAGGACUCAGGAAGGUGGAUACCGCUUUCGCUGGGUUCCCAACCACAGCUGA